CAUUACUACUGGGUGCGCUCUACCCUCGCCUCCAACCGUGGGAUGCUCAUGGAACUCGGUUUCAGGCCCAUCACCACAGCUCAGAUGGUGAUGCAGCUCACCACCACUUCCAAGCUGCUCCACGUCGACCAGAACAUCCAUGUGAACCACGAGCUCGCAGACGGCGCGUGCAAGGUGCUCGCCAUGGCCACAGCGCUCAAGGAGGCCGCCGCGCACAUCCUGAUGGGGAUGUACGGGCCAAGUCUUUGUUCAUUGGGCAAAGUUAGCAUUGGCAAUGCAGUGAUAGUCCUCCUUCAGAUUCUUUUUUCUGGUAUCGUUGUCAUUUAUCUUGACGACAUCCUAAAAAAGGGAUAUGGAUUGUUAUCGAGCGUCUCAUUGUUCACUGCCACAACUAUUUGUGGAAAUAUAUUGUGGAAAGCUUUUAGUCCCUUGAUAUUUAUUUAUCCUGAACAAGGCACUGAAUUUGAGGGAGCUGUUCCUGCUUGGGUUCACCUUCUGAUUACUAGGACAGAUAAAUUUUCUGCAAUGCGGGAAGCAUUUUACCGUCAAAACCUCCCAAAUGUUACCAACUUACUAGCUACUUGCUUGUUUGUUCUAAUUGCCAUAUCCUUCCAAGGUCUGUCGACCAUUGUGUUGCCAGUCAGGACACAUGGUGUUCCUAGGUUUCAAGUCAACUACCUCAUCAAGAUCUCCAAUAUACUCUAUGGGCCUAUCAUCCUGCAUCGCUUACUGGUUUCAUUUCUGUAUAGCAUCUCAAAGCUGUUGUGCAUGAAAUAUGGUGGAAAUAAACUAUUGAAUCUGCUCGGCACAUGGAGUAGACCUGACCAUUUUCAACAAUCUUUCCUAGUUGGUGGGGUUUUGUACUACAUAACAACACCCCCGACCUUGACUGAUCUGCACAGAGCCCCGUUCCAUGCAUUCAUAUAUGUUGUCUAUGUGCUUGGUACUUGUACGUAUCUCUCAGUAUUUUGGCUGAGAGUUUGUGCAUCCUCAAAAAGAUUUAUCGACGGUUUCAUUGUAAAUGAGGAACAAAGAAUGCUUGCCCAGCCUGACUCGAUAUCUUGGAACGAAUUCUACAGCCAUGUUCUGAAGGCAGCUCGGUUCGGUGGCUUUUGUCUUGGGGCAUUGAUAAUUUUGGGAGAUUUCAUGGGCGUGUUUGGUUCUGGGACUGAAAUUAUGAUAGCUGUAACUGCUUUAUAUCCUUACUUUGAUGGUAGAGCUGGCGAGGUUGGCCCUUUUGGCUUCUGA